AUUGAUUAAAAAAAAGUUAUAGGUUGUAUACUUGUAAUUGCAUUUAAUUCCAACCAAGACACGAGGACCAAUCAAGUCAUGGCUUGAGGAGUUAUUUUUGUUACAGGAUAGGGGAGGUUAUUUUCAGCUAUUGCAUUUAUAUCUAUUGUAAUAGAAAAAAAUUACAGAACUUAUGGAUGACAUUCGUGAGAAUGUCUCUGUGUUGACACUGCUUGCUGAGGUCUUGUGCUUGCUGGAUAUGAUUGUAAAUUCAUUUGCUCAUAUGAUAUCAACUAAGCCUGUUGAUCGAUAUACAAGACCAGAAUUUACAGAGAAUGGGCCGUUGGCAAUUGAUUCUAAACAGGCUAUUAAUCAUAUUAAGAGGAAGUAUGAGUUGGAGAAUAUGGAAAUUGUGAACAAGGAAAAAGAAAAGGCUGACAAAGCCAUUGCAGAAAUUGAGGCAAAGUGUGGCCAAAAAAUUGAAGAAUGCAAAGAAGAACAAAGGCAGCAGUUGAUGCGCAUUGAAGAUGAACACACGUUGCUCGUUACUCAAAUGAAGCAGGAGCAUGACAAGAGGCAAGCAAGCCUCAUAGCUGAACACAACGAACAGCUAAAGCGUACCCAACUGUAAGCUGAAAAUGAAUUGAGAGAGAAAACAAUGUUUAUGAGGAAUGAUCAUGAAGCUCAGAUCAAAGCAUUGAGGUGUGAACUUGAAGAUGAGUGUCGGAAGCUGGAAGAGGAGUUGCAUCUUCAAAAAUCCAAAGAAGACAGGCAAAGGGCUUUGUUGCAGUUGCAGUUGAAAGUGAUGAGUGACAAGCCCAAAGAGGACCAAGAAGUGAAUUCAAAACAGGUUGACUC